AUGGAUGAAAUAUUGAAAGAACUAUUUGAAGCUUGUCGAAAUGGAGAUUUAGUUAAAGUUAAAAAUUUAAUUACACCUGAAAAUAUUAAUGCACAAGAUGUACUUGGAAGAAAAUCGACACCUCUUCAUUUUAGUUCAGGUUUUGGUCGUAAAGAUGUUGUCGAAUAUCUUCUAAGUCAAAAUGCUAAUGUUCAUAUGAAAGAUGAUGGCGGUCUUAUUCCAUUACAUAAUGCAGCAAGUUUUGGUCAUGCUGAAGUUGUUCAAUUACUUCUUAAUCAUCAUUCAGAUGUUAAUGCAUUAGAUAGUUGGAAUUAUAGUCCACUUGCAGAAGCAGCUAGUAAAGGAAAAGUUGAUGUUUGUUUGAUUCUCAUACAACAUGGUGCUGAUCCAAAUUUAAAAAAUAGUGAUGGAAAAUGUGCACUUGAUCUUGCCGAUUCAUCAACACGACCAGUCUUAACUGGUGAAUAUCGAAAAGAUGAAUUACUUGAAGCAGCUAGAUCAGGUAAUGAAGAAAAACUCUUAAGUUUAUUAACAUCAACAAAUGUUAAUUGUCAUGCAAGUGACGGAAGAAAAUCAACUCCAUUACACCUAGCGGCUGGAUAUAAUCGAUUAGCUAUUUGUAAAAUAUUACUUGAACAUGGUGCUGAUGUUCUAUGCAAAGACAAAGGUGGACUUGUUCCAUUACACAAUGCAGCUUCAUACGGACAUUACGAAGUUGCUGAGCUUUUAAUUGAACAUGGUGCUCAAAUCAAUGCUAGUGAUUUAUGGCAAUAUACGCCUAUUCAUGAAGCUGCUUCGAAAUCACGUGUUGAUGUUUGUACACUUUUAUUAAGUCACGGAGCUGAUCCAACUUUACCGAAUUGUCAUAGUAAAACAGCACUGGAUAUUGCUGCUAGUCGAGAGUUACGUGAUCGAAUUUUAUAUGAAUAUAAUGGAUAUUCAUUUCUUGAUGCAAUACAUCAUGGUGAUAUAAGUCGAAUUAAAAAACUUUUAACAAAUGAAACUAUUAAUUUUCGACAUUUUAAAACAGAAAAUUCACCAUUACAUAUUGCUUGUAUGUCAUCCUCUGGAAAACAUCGGCGUCAAAUUCUUGAAAUAUUAAUACGACGUAAUGCUCUUAUGAAUAUUUUGAAUGCCGAACAAUUAGCUCCUAUUCAUAUUUGCGCUGCUGCUGAUUAUUGUGAUCUCAUAGAGAUUUUAUUAAAAAAUAAUGUUGAUAUUAAUUUACUUGAUGGUCAAGGACAAUCAGCAUUACAUCAUGCUGUUAAAGGUGGACAUAUAAAUGCAUGUCGAUUGUUACUUUCACAUAAAAUUGAUACUUUAAUUGUAUCAUCAUGUGGACAAACAGCAUCAGAUAUAGCAUUAACAUCAAAUAUUCAACAAUUAUUAAUGACAUGUACAAAUGACAAAAUUGUUUCAACACCGAGUAUUACUGAUCUUGAAUUACAAUUACUUGAAGCAUCAAAAUCUGGUGAUCUCGAUGUUGUUAAACAUGUACUCACAUUUAAUCCAACAUUAGUUAAUUGUCGUGAUGCUCUAGGUAGAAACAGUACACCACUUCAUUUUGCUGCUGGAUAUAAUCGCUUACAAGUUGUUGAAUAUUUAUUAGUAAUGGGAGCAGAUGUUACUGCAAGAGAUAAAGGUGGUCUUGUUCCUUUACAUAAUAGUUGUAGUUAUGGACAUUUUGAAGUAACAGCAUUAUUAUUAAAACAUGGUGCAUCACCUCAAAUAGCUGAUCUAUGGAAAGUAACACCAUUACAUGAAAGUGCAGCAAAAGGCAAAUUUGAAAUAUGUAAAUUACUCAUGAAAUACGGUGCUGAUACAAAUAAAAAGAAUCGUGAUGGUGCAAUACCACUCGAUUUAGUUAAAGAACGUGAUAGUGAUGUAGCUGAUUUAUUACGUGGUGAUAGUGCUAUUUUAGAUUUAGCUAAAAAGGGCAAUUUAGAACGAUUAAGAAAAUUAAUAACAUCAGAAAAUGUGAAUUGUAGAGAUCCACUAGGAAGAAAUAGUACACCAUUACAUUUAGCUGCGGGAUAUAAUCAUUAUGAAAUUGCUCAGAUUUUAUUAGAAAAUGGAAGUGAUCCAAAUGCUGUUGAUAAAGGUGGAUUAAUAGCUCUUCAUAAUGCAUCAUCAUUUGGACAUGUUGAUGUUGCUACUUUAUUAAUUAAUUAUCAUUCCGAUGUUAAUGCUCGUGAUAAUUGGUCAUAUACUCCUUUACAUGAAGCUGCAUCAAAAGGACGUACUCAAUUAUGUUCGUUACUUCUUUCUCAUGGUGCAAAUCCACAUCUUCGUAAUCAAGAUAAUCAAACUCCACUAGAUUUAGCAUCAGCUGAUGAUGUUAAAUCAUUAUUAAUGGAUUCUAUGUCAGUUCCAAUAUCUCCAACACUAUCCAUAGGUAAUCAUUCUCGAACAACAACAACAAUACUACCAACUCGUGAAACAACAUCUAUACUUGGUGCUGAAACCAAUGAUAAUCAUAAUUCUCGACGACGUUUAUCAUCUGCAUCUAAUCAAUCACCAACAAUUAGUCAACAUCACGUAACAAGUGGUGAUGGUAGUAUGAGUUUAGUUACAGAUGAUGAACGACGAGAACAGGCACUUCAUAUGACAAUGGAUGAAUUUUUAAGUUUAUGUCAAUUCCAAUCAAGUCAACAACAAGAUACAUUACGAGAAUUAUUUGAACGUGAAUGUAUAACACUUGAUAUACUUGCAGAAAUGACACAUAAUGAUUUAAAAGAAAUUGGUAUACAUGCUUAUGGUGAACGUCAUAAAUUACUUAAAGGUAUUGAAAGAUUAUAUAAACAAGCAAAAGAUCCAUGGUCAAAUGUACCCGAUCGAGGUUCAGUUUUUAUUGAACUUGAUUCAAACGAUCGAGAAUAUCGACUUGUUGAAGAUGAAUUACAAAGUACUAUUCGUGAGCAUAAAGAUAGUUGUGGUGGUAUAUUUACACGUUAUAUAGUAUUAAAGAUUGAAAAAAUUCGUAAUCGACGUUUAUGGGAUCGUUAUUGUCAUCGUCGAAAUGAAAUUGCAGAUGAUAAUAAUGGUCAUGAAAAUGAACGUUUACUUUUUCAUGGUUCACCAUUUCUUAAUUCAAUUAUGAAUAAAGGUUUUGAUGAAAGACAUGCAUCUAUUGCUGGAAUGUUUGGAGCUGGAAUUUAUUUUGCCGAAAAUUCUUCAAAAUCAAAUCAAUAUAUUUAUGGUAUUGGUGGUGGAAAUGGUUGUUUAGUACAUAAAGAUAAAUCAUGUUAUAUAUGUUCCAGACAAAUGUUAUUAUGUCGUGUAUGUCUUGGACGAUCCUUUUUACAAUUUAGUGCAUCAAAAUUAGCUCAUGCACCACCUGGUCAUCAUUCAGUUAUUGGUCGACCUUCUCAAGGUGGUCUUGUUUAUCCUGAAUAUGUUAUUUAUCGUGGUGAACAAGCUUAUCCAGAAUAUUCUAUUACAUAUAAGCUUUUAAAUCCCAUAAACAACGACAAUGAUUGA